GCGCGCCGGCGGCGGGAAGGGGUGGAGGUUGCGGGCCGGCCCAUGGCAGCGGUGGAGUCCCGGCGGCUGCCCACCCGGAGACCCGGAGGGAGAGAAUGAGUACGUGUUGCUGGUGUACCCCCGGUGGUCCUGCCACCGUGAAGCUAUUAAAGAGCUACGCUUCUGAUGCCUUGCCUCUGAAGGACGUCACUGCGGCCAACGAUGACCUCUGUUACUGUCUGGAAUGUGUGGAUGAGUACCACAAAGCGAGAGAUGAGGUCCCAUCCUUGCACAAGGUUCUGUGGGAUAAGGAAGUUACCCGUCUUAUUAACCACUUUGAGAGAUCCGUGGAGGAGGAGGAUGAAGAUGACCUCUACCUGGUGGAAGACGACAGAGUUACCCCGUUGACCUCCUGCUACACCGGUCCUAAUUUUGAGAAACGUCUCCGGGUGCCACUGCUGGAAGUUCUGAAGUAUCCCUACCUGCUACUUCAUAAACAUCUGAGCGAGCUCUGCGUUGAUGCACUUUGUAAAAUGGAGGAAAUGAACUACCCCUAUCAGGUGGUUGGCAAACAUCCCGGUAUCUAUUUGCUCAUGGUGCACCCCAAUGAAACUAUCCGCCGAUGGGCCAUCCUGACAGCAAGAAACCUGGGGAAAGUAGACAGAGACGAUUAUUACGAUAUCCAAGAAGUGCUGAUGUGUUUGUUCAACGUUAUAGAACUGGAUCUCUUUGAAAAUCUGGAUAUCUAUAGCUCAUCAGGGAUUGAGAAGACAAAACUUGUCCUGUUGCCUUCACAUCUGUACGAUAUCACCAAUUACAAAAACUACUGGCUUGGCCUCUGUAUGUUGCUGUCGGUGCUUGAAGAACAGGCAAUGGAUUCUCUGCUGCUUGGACCAGACAAACAAAAUUUCAUGCAGUCCAUCAUGAACAUCAUGAAGAAACAAACGGAUGGUGGAGUCAAUGACCCGUUUUGGCCCGUCCUCCACUGUUUCAUGGUGAUCUUGGAUAAGUUGGGGUCCAAGGUGUGGGGCCAGCUGGUGGAUCCAGUCCAGGCGUUUCACACCAUCAUCAACAAUGCCAGCUAUAAGAAGGAAAUAGAGAGCAUUCGCCAGAGCUGCCACAGGACAAAAUCUGAACCGCUGUCAGACUACGGGGAUGUAACAAUUACCUGCAGCCAGCUUGUAUAUAACUACAGCCCUGAAAAACCCCACAAGGAGUCAAGAGCGAGGACUACUGCUUGCCUGGACUACUGCCCCAGCUUUUACGAAGAUAUGCAGACCCUGACCGUCAUGCUCCAGUACGAUGUCGGUCAAGACAUGCAUUUGCACUACAGCACUUUCCUCUGGUUCAUUCCUUUUGUCCAUUCCCUCAUGGAUCUCAAGGACCUGGGAGUGGCCUUCAGCUUGGUUGUCAUCCACUACCUGUAUUCAGAGAUCAAGGAGGUCCUCGACAGCGCCGUCCAGCCUCGUGACAAAGUGUCCAAGUUUUUCAUCUGGAUCCUUGUGGCGAUUGUGGAGCAAAGCUUGAAGAAAAAAUGCUUCAACACUCUGUGGGUCAGCUCGGAGCAGUGGGUGGAGGUGGUGGUGAAGUGCGCCAGACUUCCGAGUGUGGCAUUCGCCUGUGGUGCUGAGAGGGGGUUGGCCAGGAACGAGCCCAGAAGCAUUGCCAAGGUACCAUCUUGGGAACCGGAUUCCGUACAGUCUGCUUGCAUGAAUCUGAUCCGGGUCCUCCUGAAGGAGGGCUGCCAGAUCGGGCAGAAGGCAUCCCCGUUCCUCGAUGAGCUAAACUUGCUUCGGCGUAGCCAUGAGGACUGGAAACUGAGCCCCCAGCAGGUGCAGGAAUUACAGGCAUGUUUGAUCGAGAUCAUAAGAAGCCUCCGGAGUAAAUCAUUAAAUAUUUCCUCCCACGGAGAGAAUCCUGCAAGUUGCGUUACGCCAUCCAGCCUCUUCAGAAAUCAAGAUGGUAGCAGUCCAGUCCAUCCUCACCAAGAACACUCCUCCUAUCAGCCACCAAGAAGGCAGGAUGAAGUUUUCCGAGAAGGAUCAUUGUCUGAGAAAAAACGUAGCUUAGAUGAGGAACCAGAGGGAGCCAUUUGUCGAGAACUAAGCCAUCAGAGAAAUUUGGAGUUCCGCUUAGCCAACAUUAAACAAGAAACUCAAGAGAUUUUAAUACACGAAGACAGUAAGUUGCCCUCUACAUUAGCAAGGGGAUGCAUGGAUGCCCAGAACAGGGGAAGCGUUCCCCAUGCACCGGUGGACCAGAAUGGUUUUGACAAAGGCUUUCAGAAGAAAGGGGCUGAAGACACCAGCGGGAAGGAAGAGGUGUUGCCAAGAACUGUCAAAACUAGUCCCAACCACCGGGACAGCAGUCCUGCUUUAGAAGGAAGGACGAUUCCAAAAACGAUCACGGAAAAAAUUAAGUCAAGCAAAGCUGAAUUUACUUUGAAAUUAAAACAGUUUGUUGAGAACCGGAAGAGAGGAAAUACUUGGCUGGGGCCAGAGAGUGAACAGCAGCAGUCUAUUAAGGAGGAGAAUCAGAGUCAGGAAGGGGCGAAGAGGAGAAUUGCGAGGGAUGGCAGUAGUACGUCAGAUUGGGUGAACUGUAAACCGGUACUGAGUUCAGACGGUGGCUUUCAGGUUGAAAUUCUUUCCAUAAAAAAGGAACCCAAAGAUGAUUUGGGAGAAUUUAAGAGUUCUUUGAAAGGUGGAGAAGAUUCAGAAGAAAGCAGCACAGAUGAUGAGCUUAAUGUUCCCUUGAUGGAGAUUAGAGAAGAGCUAGUGAAAAAGAAAUCUAUAGUCCCCGCCAGCCGAGUGAUGAAGCCUGAAAUAGAUAGAGAUAGCAAAUUGUCCUCCGUUGCCUGUCAAGAAAGCACCUCAAGUUACCAGAACCGUAUUCAGAGGAAGGUCCAAGGAGCACUUAGAUCUUUGUCUGAGAGUGACAGUGGCAAGUUGUCUUCUGCCGCAGGAGAAUCCUCAAACCAGGUCAUCAUCAUUUCAGAUACCUCUUCAGACGAAGAAGAGAACAAAGUGAACCUUGGUCGAAAAAGCAAAGAAGAGAAUGGGAAUGGCUCCCUUCAGGAGGAUGUUGAUGCCGAAGAACAAGAUCUUGUAGCAGUCUCCAGUUCUCCGUUGCUGUACGGGGAAUGUGAAUCGCAGUAUUUUGAGUUUGAAACCAACGAGGAUAUCUACUCCGCUUGGCAAGAUAGCCAGCUAGACAAGACGUUGGAGGCCGAUGUGUCUCUGGAGAAGACCGCUGGCAAUUCCACAUCAUGUGACUGGGAGGUUGCAAGGCAGCUUAACGAGUGGGGUUAUGAUACAGACUAUGUUGGGGAUGAUAGUAUUGAAAAAGCUGAGCAGGAACUGGAACAGCAGGUGAAAGAUCAUGAAGCCAAACCAAAGCUUCCUGUCCAGGCUGAUGAAGAAGGUGUCAGCAAGGGAAGCACAGCCACGCACGCUGAUGGUAGGGAGUCUUCCAGACAGAGUGAAGCAGUUACACCCAGUGCGCCGCCCUCAGCACCAUCAGCUGGACCCUCAGCACCGUUAGUGGUCACCAGAGAAUCCGCUCCCAGCCCAAGGAAGAGCUUGGCAAAAUCCAGGUGGCUCAACACAGCUCAGCGGAGUCCCGAGAAGAGAAGUGUCAAGGCAGAAAAGAAAUCGCCGCGUGCCAUGCUGUCUAGAUCCGUUCAUCCCUUCGUGGUGCCUCCCAAGAAAGUCCACCGUUUUCCCGAGCCAACAUCAACGGUAGAAAAGCUGGGCCUGAAGAAGAGAGCCCGCAGAGCGGCUGACCUCUCCCAGCGGACCCAAGACAGCCUUGCCCAGUUGCGCAGCUAUGGGAAGACGGCUGGGGAGCUUCCCCAGAAAAGGAAGGCCAAGCUGAUUGAACCUCGCAGGAUGGUUAUUCGGAGCAAAGCACUGCUAGCCAGCCAGGAUCGUCAGUUCUUCAGGCAGUUGAGGCCUGAGAAAAGAGGGAAAGGCCAGGGUGUUUGCAGAGAACAUCCUGGGCCUCGAGUUGGAGAAGGAGCCAAGAGGGCCGUUCCCAAGUCGCUUGUGCAGCCUACGAGCAAGGUGGCGGUUGAAAAUCUGAAAGAAAAGCCCGGCCAGGUCAGCAGUUCUUUGAACCAUGUGAAGAAAUUGCUACGACAGCAUACGCAAGAGGAAGGCAGGCCCCAUUCUAGACCUCUGUCUCUGGAGAGAGAGAGUCUUUUCUCGUCAAGGCAAGACCCUAUCAAGUCUGGCCCAAAUGUUCAGAGAAGUACCAGCUCUGCCCCAGGCAAUGUCUGCUCGUCGGUAAGUGAAGGCAGUAGGGCCAACCCUAGCAUGUUGGAAGGUCCCUCUUCCACUUGGUGUAACACGGACUUGAGUAAGAGUGGGUCUACGUUAAAGGAGGACAUCAACAUGGAAGAGGAGGACGACUUGUUCCUAACUCAAAGAGAUCUGGUGGACAUGGAGCUUUGCUCGCAAAUGGAGAGUAGUCGUCACCCCGGAGACGUAGAAUUAGAUGUUCCCCCAACCUUGCAGGAGCAACCCCAAGGUGCUGAGAAAUGCGGGCAUACAGGAUGUAUGAAGCAGGUGGGUGAAGCAGGGCUCUUCUGCCCAAGUCAUUCUGUGCCUGGUCCGCCCAAGCACAUCUUUGCCAGGCCCUGCAUGCUUUCCAAGCCUUCCACAAAGAAAAUUUUCAGCUCCAGGGCUUCUUCGCGGAUCGCCAGCCUCUCCAAAGACCUGGAAGCCAGCUCCUCCCCUUUAGCCACAGCAAAGACCAAGUCAAAUCUGGCCCUACCUCCUGCGGUGAAGGCGGAUGGCUUGAGGACUCUUGCCAAUAUCCCUUGGACUCAGAAUUUGAAUAACGCCUCCCACCCACCCAACGUUCCAAACAGCCAUGUUGUCGGUAAUGCCAGUCGGAUGCCCGUUUCACGCUCUGGCGCUGGACAGGAAGCACGCCCUUCCUUUGCCCGAGCCAGCAGUGCUCACAGCCAGCAUAUAGACUAUGGCACUUUCAUCAAAUGCAUCCUGAAGUGGAGUUACGACAUGUUUGCCAACUCCAGAGAGCUCGGGCCACCGAAUCAUCUCUUGCAGGCAGUUGUGAACCCUGUUCCGGUCAAAUUUCAGGACUACGAUGACUAUUUUAACAUUAUCUUCCCUUUGAUGAGCCUCAACGCCUUUGAAGAGGUGGCGUAUGAAUGGCUGGAGAAUCAGAAGUUGAAAGAACAAAAGCCCUUCUGCUUGAAUUUGCUGAACUUCAACAUGGACUUGAACAAAGCAGAUUUCACAGCUAACAUUUCACAGCAUGAUCUGGACAAUCAGCACCAUCCCAAGGAUGAUGACUUAGUCUUCCUUAUAGUGUCUGACAAACGGUCCUAUUAUGACGAGCAAGAGGGAAAGAAUCGUGCCAUUCGCCAUGUUGGCUUUGUAACCCGCUUUUCUCAUCCUUCUGUCCAUGAUACUAGAAAGAAAGAGCAACAGAUUAUUUGUCACCUCUCCAUCCAGACUCAAGGAAAUCUGUCCCGCGUUGACAAAGAAGUGAAAUGCAUUGUGGUCAGCUCCUUGGCAACAACCCAGCGAAGGUUCCGGGCCCUCUUGAUGCUGAAGCGAAGCCCACUGGUUGUGCCUAUCCUGUGUCCAAGCUUCCCCCACUUCUCUCCAAGAGACCUAAACACCGACUCUGAAAAACCUGCUUCUUACAUGAAGAACUUCAAUGAAGGUCAAAGGCGAGCAAUUGAAAGCGCUUACGCCAUGAUAACACAGCACCCAAAUGCACCCAAGGUCUGCUUAAUCCAUGGACCGCCUGGGACAGGGAAAUCAAAGGUGAUUGUUGGGCUUCUCCAUCGCAUCCUCGGCCAGAGAACGGGAAAGGAGAAUCCUGUGCAGAGGCUGAACGCCAAGAUCAAGACGAACCGCGUGUUGGUUUGUGCGCCCUCCAACGCUGCCGUGGAUCACCUCAUGAAAAAAAUAAUUGAGGAAUUCAAAAAACUCAAUGAGAAAAAUCCUUUAGGUAACUGCGGCAACAUAAACCUGGUUAGACUAGGACAGCAGAAAUCGAUCAACAGCAAAGUCCGGAAAUUCAGCCUGAAUGAUCAGAUUGAUCACAAGAUCAAUAAGGCAAUGCUCGGCAAAGAUCAAGAUCUCCAAAGGAAGAAGGAAGAUUUAGAUCGACGGCUGGACACUCUUUCUCGCCUGCGGGCCAUGGACAGAAGCGAGAAGGGAGAGAAGAAACAGCAGUUGGACAAGGAAAUUCUCCAGGUUUCUGAGGAGAGGCAGCGUCUGGCUUCUCAACUAAAAAAGGUCCGCGGGCGAUCUCAGGAAUUGAAAGCAAGCAUCAUCUUGGAGUCCCACAUCAUUUGCUGCACCCUGAGCACAAGCGGAGGGGUGCUGCUGGAGUCAGCUUUCCGGAGGCUGGGCGGGGACCCCGUGAGCUGCGUGAUUGUGGAUGAGGCAGGGCAGACAUGUGAAGUUGAGACUCUCAUUCCACUGAUUCAUGGCUGUAAGAAGCUGGUCCUGGUCGGAGAUCCCAAACAGCUCCCUCCCACCAUAAAGUCCGUGAAAGCUCAGGAUUACAAAUAUGACCAGUCUCUGCUCAGCCGUCUCUGCAAGCACCUUAAAGAGCAAGGUCAAGAAAAUUCCGUUGGAAAAUGUCCGGUCCUUCAGCUGACCAUUCAGUAUCGGAUGCACCCAGAGAUCUGCCUUUUUCCUUCCAAGUAUAUCUACGAAGGGCUCUUGACCACUGACGGGAAAAUAGCAGAAGAUCGCUUCUCGCUGAAAUGGCCCUUCCAACCCUAUUUGGUUUUUGAUGUCUUGGAUAGCCGUGAAGAACGAGAAAAUGACUCCUAUUCUAAUCCCCAAGAGGUGAAGCUGUUGAUAGAAUUAAUGAAGGUGAUUAAGGGGACAAAAAAGGAUAUUCAUUGUCAUCAAAUUGGAAUCAUCACUCCGUAUAAUGCGCAGAAAAGGAGGAUAUGUAAACAGCUGGAUAAAGAGUUUGAAGAAAAUAGUGCUGGGGAAGUUGACACCGUGGAUGGAUUUCAGGGCCGCGAGAAAGACUGCAUCAUUGUCACCUGCGUCCGGGCAAACAGCUCACAAGGAUCAAUUGGGUUUUUGAGAAGUCUCCAGCGCCUGAACGUCACCAUCACCAGAGCCAAAUGCAGCCUUUUCAUCCUUGGAAAGCUGAAAACGCUAAUGGAGAACAGAGAUUGGAACGAGUUGAUCCAGGACGCCCAGCGGAGGGGCAACAUCAUCCAGACGUCCAGUAACAGUUACAAGAACAGCGCCGCGAAGAUCCUCAAGUCCAGACCGUUUCCCCGCCCCGGAGUUCCGGCGCCAGAAAGAGAAACACAAGAGCACCCAGGCACCAGUGGAGCCAAGCAGCAGGGCGUCCCCGGCCAAGACGCCCAGCACCCUCCCGUCCAUCCUCCCGCUGCAGCAAGCAGCAGGACACCUCAGGAGCCGCUCCCCAGCAGGCCACCCCCUUCGGUGCAGGUGAAAUCUGUCCAGGAAAGGCCGCAGGAUCCCCGUCUGCUCCGAAGAGCUGAGCUGGUGUUAAAAUCCAGCAACUGCAAAGAGGGCCCAAGCCCCGGUGUGGGGCCAGUCUCGACACAGAUGCCCCCUGAGCUUCUGGCCGCUUGGAGUCGUAGCAAUUCCGUGCCCCAGCUGGCUACCGUGGGGGAAUCGUCGAGCCACCUUGCCCCAGCUGGAGACGUGCAGAACGCACCUCUGCCGAGCAGAGCCCCCCACCCCCAAGCCCCCCACCCGAGAACCCCCAUCCUGGCCAAGCCGUUAAAGACUUGGGGCCAAGGGGAGGCUGCCAGUCCCCUGGAGUGGAAAAAAGACCAGGACUCUCGCAGGAGGACAUUAGAAGUGUCGCAGGAGAAAGAAGGUCCUGUGGACCUCAAGCGGAGACGCACCACCUGCUGACUGCGAAGACCUCAUUCCUUGCUGGGGGUCUGGUAUUCAGGUCUUCCCAACCAGCUUCUGCCUGUAAGAGAAAGGACUUGAGUGUGUGUCUGUGUACACCUGGGUAUGUACACAUGCGUGCGCUGACACAAAGCAGAUGCUCCUUGAAGAAUAACCAUACGUUAAAAGAGCACGCAACUCUGUCAAUCUUAGGUGCGAUGUACAUUUGUAUAGUAAGCAAAGGUUAAAUUUUUAGAGCCAGGAAGGUUGAGCUUGCCCACAGAAAUGCUUCUGAGCACUUGGUGAGCUAGCAGCUCACUCACCCGUUGUCAGUCGCCGUCCUGACGCACGUGGGACGCUUCCUUCAGCCGGCGCCGAGAUUCCCCGUUAUCCUGCUUAUUUCAUUGCCCGCCCCCCGGUUCUUUGGGAUACCUUUGUGAACCCCCCAAGGCCCAACGCAACAUGUUUUUGGCACUUCACCCUGCUUAAUUCUGGGCCUCCACAGGUGCCUUGCGGAAAAAGCUGUAGCCAUAGGAGAUGCUAAGCCGAAAAGACUUUUGCACAAAUGGCAAAUGUUUUUUUUCUCUCCGUUCAUGGGGAGAUCUGCAAUAUUCUCCCAGCCCCCCUCCCCUCCCCUCCCCCGUUUUCUGAUAGAAGUGCCUCUGUUUUUGAAGGGAUUUCUGCAAAUGGAAAGAUUUGGGUUACCUCCUGAACUGGGCCGGGGUUGCUCUCUGUGCCUCCCUCCCACUCCGUGGUAAAUCUGAUCUUGUAUUGUAGCCUUGUUGUCGUUUGGCAACUGGCAUUUUGUGAUCUGCUUUUCCCCAGCAAGGCACCCCUCGCUCCCAAAAUUUGGGGGGACAGUACCAGAACAGAGAAAGGCAUCUCUUACUGCCACUCAGCCCUUGGGAUUGUAGGUGGAUACAGUUUGAAAGAAGCUAUUUAUGUUUGUGUUUUUAUACACACACACACACACACACACACACACUUCUGCUAUGAAUAACUUAAAUGUAACUACAUUAAAAUGUGCCUUUUUUUAAGAGUUCCCCCCCUUUCCCUAAAUAAAUAAUACAGGUUGUUUUUUUCCAAA